GGUAUGCCAAUGAAUGGACACGGGAUGCCAAUGAAUGGACAUGGUAUGCCAAUGAAUGGGCAUGGGAUGCCAAUGAAUGGACAUGGUAUGCCAAUGAAUGGAAUGCCAAAUGGAUUUCCACACCCAUUCCAAAGGGUACACAGUGAACCAAUGAUGAUGCACCCUGGAAUGAUGCAUGGUCCAGGAAUGGUUCAUCCGGGAAUGAUGGGAAAUGGGAAUGGUUAUGACCUUGAUUAUGACACUUAUGCAGUACCAAUGCUUGCCAGAAAGGAGCUGAUGAACGACCAGAAAUUCAUGGCCCAGAACCGCCUAGAGUUGCGACACAGGAAGGAACAGGAGACUGUGUUUAAAGACUUUGAGCACAUGAGAGAUGAGGAGAUUUGGAGGCUAGAAGAAGACUUGAAGGGACAGAUGGAGAAGGCAGUCACCACACUGCUACAAGAGGUGGACAGUGGUAACUACAGGGGAGACAUAGCAAUGGAGAGAUUGAGAAUUGAUCACCACUUCCAGAGGCUAAAAGAGGAAAAGAUGAGGGAGCUAAUGGAACAGCUGACUUCCCAGGAACGCUAUAGGUUAUCUGACCAGCUUGACAGACACAGCCAGGAGAUGUUGCAACUGAUUGAUUCGAGACAGGAACAGGUGAAGCCUCCCUCCCCCAGACCCCCAAGCAGUAAGAAGAGAACCUUGUACUCGACUCAGCACAUGUUUGAUGACCUAGACUUCCAUGCGAGACAGGUUGCUGAACAUGAACAAGGGAGCUUCACAGAGCUGGUGUAUGAACUGACCAGGCAAUGUAAAACAACACUAGAUAAAUCAAGGGCUAUCUUUAGAUGGGUGACCAUUAAGGAUCUAAACAAGAUGAUAUUGGAAGGCCAUUUUAGUGAAGAUAGUCCAUUCUACUUCCUCAAGGGAAUCAAAUGUGGAAUUGAGAGCUACCAUGAGCUUUUUAAAAGACUUUGCAGUUAUGCUGGUAUCCACUGUCAGAUCAUCCGUGGUUUUUCAAAGAGUGUCGGCUACAAACCUGGGAUGACAUCAUUCAAUGAUAGUCGUUUUCGGAAUGCUUGGUGCGUUGUCUACAUAGAAGACUCCUGGCGAUUCAUUGACUGCCACUGGGGUGCAAGGCACGUCACAACAGGAAGUAGCGAUAUGGUCUCCCCGAAUAAAUUUCGUUAUGAAUACGAUGAUUUUUAUUUCCUCACCGAUCCCGAAGAGCUGAUCUACCAACAUUUCCCAGAUGAAGAAACAUGGCAGUUAUUGGACGAGCCUCUCAGUAUGGAACAGUUCAUCAACAUGCCUCUACUCAAGUCCCACUUCUUUCAAUAUGGUCUGAAACUGGAUAACCCCUCCAAGUCAGUUGUAGAAUCAGGGGAUGGAAAAGUACAGGUGAUCCUCACUAAACCAACACACACUCCCCUCACCUUUAAUUCUCGCCUUGAGGGUGAUGAUGAAGUGAUUGAUGGGUACACUCUUCACCAUACAGAAGGGAACCAAGUAGUGUUUGAUAUUUACCUUCCACGUAGAGGGGUCUUCUAUUUCACGAUCUUUGCCUGCGAUACUGACAAAGCUGAGGUCUAUAACAAUGUCUGUUGUUUCAGAAUCACAUGUAAAAAGGUUGAAGCAAAACCAUAUUCAAAAUUCCCCAAACUCCCUGAGGGUUAUGGUCCAACACCGCUUGCAGCUGAACUGGGGCUUACAGUUGAUAAGCACAAAGGCAGUUUCCUCCAGUGUAAUGAUGAAAAAUUUGUUAUGAAUCUUCGCUUUAAAAAGGACACAAAAGUCUCUCAUAAGAUGGUGUUUGGUGGCCAAGAGCAACCAACUGAUGAGUAUGACAGAUAUGCUUUCCAAAGAUUUAGGGAUGAUCGGGCAAUUUCAUAUUUGAUUCGUUUCCCACAAAAGGGGAUCUAUGCAUUCUCCAUCUUUGCUGCCGAUAAGGACUGUGACAAACCAGUGCUAGACUGUGCUGCUAGGUUUAUCAUUCAAUGUAACCAGGCCCCUAAGGCUAAGAUCAAACCUUACCCAAGAACAUACCAACACUGGCUGAAGUGUCGUCUUCAUGAGCCCCC